AUCAUUGAUCGGUUGGACAUCGAGGGCUCAAGCACGACCACUGUGAAGAUGAAUUUCUUUGGCGCCUUCAUUGCGCUCGCCAUCUGUGCACUAUGCGGAUUAACCCAAGCGGAUAUAUCGCUCAAGUUGCGACAGCAACAGCAGCAGCAGCAACUGCAGCAGCAGCAACAACAGCCGCUGAUCACCAAGGAGCAAUACUACAAGACCGGCGGUGGCUUCCAGGAGAGCAACUACGGCAAUUCCGGCUAUCAGAUCUUUGAGGUGCACAAUCAUUUUGCGGCCAAGGGACCCGCCUAUCUGCCGCCUCAGGGUCAGGGUGCAAGUGGUCAUGCCAACGAUGAUAGCUUGGACUUGAGCUUCCUUAACUUUCCCGAUGCGCCAGCUACAGCGCCAGUUGCCACUCCGGCUGCAGCUGCUCCUGCAGCAGCUCCUGCGUCUAUUCCCGUGCCCUUCCCUUCGAACUACCAGCAUGAUUUCCAGCGCAAAGCUCCGGCUACAUCCUCGUUGGGUUACAGUGGUCAGGCCUAUCUACCACCCACGGCUGCCGCACCCAAUGUCCAGCAGCAGCAGCAACAGCAGCAGCAAGUGAUUCAGCAGCAACAGGAGUAUGUGCAGCAGCAGCAACAGCAAGUGGUGCAGCAGCAAGUGAUUCCGCAGCAGCAACAGCAAGUGGUGCAGCAGCAACAGGUGCAACAGCAGUACAGCCAACAGAACUACGAGGCACCAGCAUAUCUGCCACCCACCACCAGCGAGGCAGUUGCUCAGCCAGUGUCCAACUACCAGCUACCAACUACCAUCAGCUAUCAGCAGCAACAGAAGGUCUUCCAAGGACCAACAUAUCUGCCACCACAGCAGGAACAGCAGCAGCAGGUGCAGCAAGUUCAAGAGGUGCAACAGCAGCAGCAGCAAGUGCAGCAGAUUCAAUCCGUUCAGCAGCAGCAACAGCAGCAGAUUUCAGUUCAGGAACAGGGUCAGGAAUACCGUGCUCCUGGCUAUCUGCCACCUGGCUACGAGUUCUCCAAUCCCGAUCAGUUGCCCGUUUCGCUCAGCCAGAGUGUCGCCACCUCGCAGAGUGUGUCGUCCGUUCAAAAUGUUGCCACCGCACAGAGUGUUGCAUCCGUGCAGCAGUCUGCCGGCGAGUAUCGUGCUCCUGGCUAUCUGCCACCUGGCUACGAUGAACCACGUCCUCAGGCACCAACUCAGAUCACGUACCAGCAGCCACAGCAACAGCUGCAGCAGCAAGAGUUGCAGCAGCAACAAGUGCAGCAGCAACAAGUGCAGCAGCAACAGGUGCAGCAGCAACAAGUGCAGCAGCAACAGUUGCAGCAGCAACAGGUGCAGCAGCAACAAGUGCAGCAGCAACAGGUACAGCAGCAACAGGUGUAUGCUGCUCCUACACAGGCAACCAUUAGCAAUCCUGGUGCCCUUCCCGAUGGCUAUGAUUUCGUUAAGCCCGAAAAUGCCGAGGCCGCCAUUGCCGAGCUGCACAGCCUGCAGACUCAAACCAAACUGCUGAAGCAACAGCAGGAGCAGCAGCAGUUGCUCUUGCAACAGCAGCAGCAGCAACAGCAACAGCUGCAGCAGCAGCAGCAACAGCAACAGCUGCAGCAGCAGCAGCAACAGAUCGUGGUGCAGUCUCAGUUGCAGGUUGCCCAGCAACAGCAAAACGCAGACAUCGUCUAUGGUCGCUCCAAGUCGCAGCAGCAACAAGCUUUGGCUCCUCAAAGUACACUUGCAACAUCUACUGCCGGCAGCUAUCAGCAACAGUUUACGGCUCCUGCUUACCUGCCUCCAACUGCCACCGCCCCAGCUCCAUCGCCAGUUGCGGCUCCUGCUCCCGUUUCCAUUGCAGCUCCUGCUCCCCUGGUUGCUCCUGCCCCUGCUCCAGCUCCAGCUCCAGCCCCUGUUGCCGUAGUCCAGACGACAGCCACUUCAAGUGCCUAUCAACAGCAAUACAGGGCUUCUGGCUAUCUGCCACCAGCAGUGGCCGCUCCUGCUUCUGUCCGAGUUGCUGCUCCGGUUCCAGCUCCGGCUCCAGCUCCUGCUCCAGCUCCUCUGCGAGUUGCUGCUCCUGCUUCCGCUCCCGUUCGAGCUGUUGCUCCUGCUGCAGCGCCAGCGCCCGCUGCCGCUCCUCGCGCUCCCAUCCACGUGAGUGGACCCGCUCCCAUUGCCAUUUCUCUGCCAGCUCCAGCGCCCACCCAGGUGACGCACAUUCACUCGCUGAGAAGCUAUAUGAACACCGUGCAGCCCUUCGCACGCUAUGCACAGCCAGUCACUCUACGCCAGCAGCAGCAGUAUCAUCAUGUCCAGCAGCAGCAACAUCAUCAUGUCCAGCAGCAGCAACAGGUGAUCGAGGUGGCGCCCAUGUACCGUGAGCAAUCAAAGCGUCCUCGAUUCUAUGCCCCCGCCUACGUAAGCAACGCUGUGCCCCGCCAGCAGCAGGCACAGCACCACCUGCACCACCACUACCACCGCGUGGUGCAGAGCCAGCAAAAGCUGCAGCCCACGUUAAGCUUUAAGGCGCAGCAAUCGCUGCAGAAAUUCAUGCCCAAGGACGUUCAGGUGGCGGUAAAUGUGGCCAUGGCGGCAACGGCACCCGUCGUGGCACCACCCGCACUGCGUGGCAGCUCCCGUGUGCGCACCGUGCAAAUAGUGAAGCCACAUUCCACACGGACCUUCAAGGUGCUGGAGCAACUCGAUCAGGCUGGUGUGAAGACGAUCAAAAUUCUGGGAGCGAGCAAUGAGCAGCCGCAGGGACGCCAUCAGGUGGUCAAGGUGGUCACACAGAAUGCGCACAGUGGUGCGGAGAGUCAUGUGCAGACCGUUAAGAUCUACGACGAUGUGCAGCAGCCAUUGCGAUUGCUGCCACAGUCGCAGCCACAGAGCAAUGCGUACUUGCCACCGGCGCGUCCCAGGUCGCGAAUUGUGCGGCAGGCGUCGAAGCCACUGCGUCUGCAUCCCGUGGCCAGUCUGUAGAGGAUUGGAUUCCCAGCACUGAUUAGUUGUUAAUAUCUAUCUCAUCAUCCAGCGUCUGCACUGCACUGCUAUAUAUUUCUUUCUAUAUAUAUAUAUAUUUUUUUUUUUUGUUGUGCAUUUUAGUUUGCGUUCCAAUUCUGUUGUCAAUGUUUCCAACUCAUUUCGCAUGAAAUUUCUGUGCACAAAAACAAGCGAUUCCAAAUAGCCAAAUCAUUGGCAUUCGAAAUCAAAUCAUUUGCAUGCAAUAACAACCGAUACGAAUUUCUUACCUAAUAAAUUUAUACUUACG